GUUAUGAGUCACAGGAAGUGGCAGUAGGCACACAGACAACUAUUACCGUAAGGCUGGUAUCCGGCAAAAAAUCAAUGGACGAGGUUGUGGUGGUUGGUUAUGGUGAGCAGAGCCGCCGUAAAGUGACCGGUGCUGUAGCCACGCUGAACACCGAAAAUUUUGAUGAGCGUCCGAUCGCCCGUCUGGAUCAGGGCCUGGUAGGCCAGAUCGCCGGUGUGCAGGUAAGGCAAACUACCGGUUCGGUGGGUAAGCCAUUCAGUAUCACCGUACGUGGUGGUGGCUCUAUCUCCGCCGGUAAUGAGCCAUUGUAUGUGAUUGACGGCUUCCCGAUGGAACCCCAAAGGACCAACAGCUCCGGCAACUUCGACAAUGGCAGUCCGCUCGAUAAUAUCAACCCGAAUGACAUCGAAUCUAUCCAGGUAUUGAAGGAUGCUGCUGCUGCCGCUAUCUAUGGAUCACGAGCCAGCAAUGGGAAUGGUGUAUUAACCAAUGAGGAUAUUGAAAAGGGCUAUCCGAUGUUUGGUACGCAAAAGGUAGGUGACCCGCGUUAUGUAGAUGCCAAUGGUGAUGGUAAGAUCACAGAUGCAGAUCGCGUGAUUGCCGGACAGCCUAAUCCGAAAUACUUCUGGGGCAUUACCAAUACAUUCCGUUACAAAAACUUUGACCUGUCCGUCUUUAUACAAGGGCAGAAUGGUGGUUAUAUCUACUCAUUGCUGGGACGUGCGAUCAACUCUACCAACAUGGGUAAUACUUCCAAUACACUGGAUGUGGACAUCGCCACCCGUGGCAAUAACCAAACCAAUUACACCGCGCCGUUUAAUACAGACUGGCUGUACAAGUCUGACUAUAUCAGUAUCCGCAGCAUCACAUUGGGUUAUGAUCUGGGCAAGCUGUUUAAGAGCAAUUAUAUCCAGGGCGCACGUAUUUACAUGUCUCUUGAAAACUGGUUCUAUUGGGAUAAAUACAAAGGCGGAUUCAACCCUGAAGCCACUAAUGCCAACCUGUCCAGUGAUGCCAACUUCUCGGUGCCUGGCGACUAUGGCGGACUUCCCGUUGCGCGCUCUUCCGUACUUGGUAUCAAUUUCACUUUCU